AUGAGUGUGCUAGACGUGCUUCCUUGUUUGCGGAUUGUCCAAAUUGUGAGCCUUCGGGAGCACAUGGUCUACAAUAAGCACAUCAAGGAAACUCAGAGUGAAUAUCCCGCACUGAGCACCUUGGAGAUCUUGUCGCAGCAAAGCAUUGUGAUGGAAGGUGGCUGCGACACACACGAGGAGCCUAAAAAGGCAUGUUGCUUCUCAUGGGUCCGUUGUUGCAUCCAAAAACUUUGCCGACGACUGAGAAAACGGAACCGAACCCAGCAACUCGCAGUCUCCCUGCCUCACGGGGAGACCGAUGCUGAGGAACUGGAGAUGAACGAGCCCUUCAAUAACAUAAUGGAAACGAAUAAUGUUGUUGAAGAGGAACAGGAGAAGGAUAACAACUCAGUCCAUCUGAACGAUGAACCUGAAGCUGAAGGCACCGCUAUCCUUCAGAAUGAACACGAGCGGACUGAAGAGAAUGAGUCCACAACACGCGGAGAACCAAUUCAGAAGAAGAGGAAAAGAACUCGGCGGCGUCAAGGAAAGGUGGAACAGGAGCGUGAGAAGGAACACAGUGGUGAGCAUGACAAGUCCGCGGAACGAACUCAGAGGCCAAAAAGAACUCGGCGCCGCCGUAAGAAGAAACACAAGUCUCAAAAUAAUGUUGAAAACUCUAAUGAUCAAAGUAGUUGCACUAUUAAGGAGUCUGCACCUGCAGAGCUGCUACCAACCAUCGAAACUGUAGCAGUGCCAGCCAUCACUGGGGAGGAACCAGUUACUGCGGCCUGCACGCCUCCACCAUGGCAGUGUCCGCAGCCCUCUUACAACGGCUCCCUGCAGGCUCUUACUCAAGAAGUCCUGGAUUUCCAUCGCUGGGCGGGAGGAUCAGAGGCGGAGUCCCGGCGCCGAAUGCGCCCAGUGGAAGACGUGAAGGGCGCGGUUGGUGCGCUGUGGCCCGCGGCGCGAGUUGAGAUCACCGGCAGCCUGGCUAACGGUAUGUAUUUGCCGGACAGCGAUGUGGACCUCACGCUGGUGGGACAGUGGCCACUAUCGCCGUCACCGCUGCUGGUCCUGAGGGACACCCUCCUGCAGCAAGGAGUGGCACUGCCUGCUUCACUCAAGGUUCUCGAGAAGACCACUGUCCCUCUGGUUAAAUUUGUUCACCGGCAAACUGGAGUGGAGGUGGACGUGUCUCUCGGCGGCGAGGCUGCUGUGCGCGCCGCGGUGCUGGUGGCAGACUUCAAAAAGCAGUUUAAGACCUUGACACCCGUGGCUUUGUUCGUUAGGUAUUACCUUAAACAGUUAAACCUUGGCCAAGUUUUCACAGGAGGCGUCUCCUCCUACUCCGUUACGCUGAUGGCCACCAGCCUCCUGCAGCUGCAGGUGCCACCCGAGGAACGAGAAGACCCUGCAUUGGUGCUUCUGAGAUUCUUUUAUUUCUAUGGGCACCAGUUUGCAUACGCCACCACUGGCAUCAGCGUGCUGGAGGGGCCGCUACCUGCGGAAAGAGGACGUGCCCACCGUCAUGCCCCGCGGCCACCGCCGAGCAGAUCUGUGUAUCCAGGACCCACUGACACCCGGCAAUGA